CUAUAUAUAUAUAUAUAUAUACACUCUUUUUCUUUCUAGAUCUGCAAAUUCAAACCCAGAAUUCCAAAAUCAAAAACAACAAAAACCCAAAUACCAAAAAUCAAAUCAUAGCAAAAACACCCCCUUCUCCAGGGGUUGUUGUUGGUUCCUCCAUUGCUGUGAUUUGAUUUUUUCCAAUUCUCUCCUAUACAACCACCAAAAACCAAAAAAAGAAAAAAAAUGGCUGAUGAAAAGAAGUACAUUUCUGAAGAAGAUUUGAAGAAACACAACAAGCCUACUGACUUGUGGAUCUCAAUCCAAGGCAAGGUCUACAAUGUGACAGAUUGGGCUAAACAACACCCUGGUGGCGAUAUCCCUCUCCUCAAUCUCUCCGGCCAAGACGCCACCGAUGCGUUCAUCGCUUUCCAUCCCGGCUCCGCUUGGCAAUACCUUGAUAAAUUCUUCACUGGGUACUAUCUCAGAGAUUUCGAGGUCUCUGAGGUGUCUAAAGAUUAUCGGAGACUCGCUUCGGAGUUUUCGAAAGCCGGUAUGUUCGAUAAGAAAGAGCAUGUUGUGAUUUACUCUCUUUGUUUUGUUGCGAUGUUGUUUGUUUCGUGUAUUUGUGGUGUUUUGUGUUCCAAUUCUUUCUGGGUUCAUAUGGGUUCUGGUGCAUUGUUGGGAUUUGCUUGGGUUCAAAUUUCAUAUCUAGGUCAUGAUUCUGGGCAUUAUAAUAUGAUGACAACUAAAGGGUUCAACAAAUUAGCACAAAUUUUAUCUGGGAAUUGUCUCACUGGGAUCAGCAUUGCUUGGUGGAAAUGGACCCAUAAUGCCCACCACAUUGCUUGUAAUAGUCUUGAUUAUGAUCCUGAUCUUCAACAUUUACCCUUCUUCGCCGUCUCUUCCAAGCUAUUCCAUUCCAUUACUUCGCGAUUUUAUGGUAGAGAACUCACAUUUGAUCCCGUCUCUAGGUUCCUAGUUUGCUAUCAACACUUCACAUUUUAUCCCGUGAUGUGCGUUGCGAGGGUUAACCUGUUUUUGCAGACAUUCUUGUUGUUGUUGUCCAAGAGAAGAGUACCCGAUAGAGCUCUAAACAUAUUGGGAAUUCUUGUGUUCUGGACUUGGUUUCCCUUAUUGGUUUCGUGCUUACCCAAUUGGACGGAACGGGUUUUAUUCGUGCUUGCUAGCUUUUCGGUUACCUCAAUUCAACAUAUUCAGUUCUGUUUGAACCAUUUUUCGGCUAAUGUUUAUGUGGGAUCGCCUACGGGCAAUGAUUGGUUUGAGAAACAAACGAGUGGGACGAUUGACAUUUCGUGCUCGUCUUGGAUGGAUUGGUUCCAUGGUGGAUUGCAAUUUCAGCUCGAGCAUCAUUUGUUUCCCCGGUUGCCUCGGUGCCACUUGAGGAAGGUUUCGCCUGUGGUGAGAGAGCUUUGCAAGAAGCACAACUUGCCUUAUCGGAGUUUGUCCUUCUUUGAGGCUAAUGUGCAGACAAUCAAGACGCUCAGGGCCGCGGCUCUCCAGGCUCAAGAUUUGCUCUGGGAAGCUUUUAACACUCAUGGUUGAGGAUGAUGACGCUUGUCAAGAUUUAUAAAUAAUCCUCCUGCAGUUUUUAUGAGGGUAAUUUUAUUUUGUUUUCUUUGGUUGGGGAAUUCUUAAAAAAAAAACAUUUUUUUUCUUCUGUUUGGCGGCUAUUUGGAUUCAAUUCAUUGCUAGGUUUCAUAAACUCUGCCUCUGAUUGGUUUUAUGAUCGGGGUAUAUUCUACAUCCAGUUGCCCUUCAAUUAAGGGAUUAACUAGGAGUUAAUAUAUUAUAUUUUAUAUUAUUACAUAAA